CCGAAAGCUCCACCGAAAGAACGUCGACAAGAACAGCUAGUUAGUCAAACGCAAGAGCGAGGACGCUUCUUGCUCCGCUCUCGACGCACGCAUUUUUCCAAGUGCCAUCCUCCUCCGCUGAGGUUGCCGGCGGCGCGACGGCCAGAUGGGGCCGAGACUCGCCGCGCCGGUCGCCGGGAUGGUGAUGGCCGAGUGCGCGCAGGUCGGCCUCAUGAUCGUGGGCAAAGCCGCCAUGUCCAACGGCAUGAGCAACCUCAUCUUCGUCUUCUACUCCAACGCCUUCGCCUCUCUCCUCUUGCUUCCUGCCUCCCUCCUCUUCCACAGAUCGGAACGUCCUCCGUUGACUCCAUCCCUCGUUUUCCAGUUCUUCGUGCUCGGCCUCCUUGGUUGCUCUGCACAGAUACUUGGGUACGCUGGGAUCAAUUACAGCUCGCCCACGCUCGGCUCGGCCUUGCUCAACCUCAUCCCAGCUUUCACCUUCAUACUUGCCGUCAUUUUCAGAUUGGAGAGACUAGACUGGAGCAGUGCAAGUAGCUUGGCCAAGUGUGCUGGAACCAUGGUAUGCAUUGCCGGUGCAUUUAUCGUCACUUUGUACAAGGGGCCAGCUAUCGUGACGACAUCCUCUCUUUCAAACUUGCAAACUGAAGUUUUCAAUUUGCAUCAUAAACUUCUGACACCAGAGUCAAACUGGGUUCUAGGAGGUUUGCUUCUUGUAGCUGAUUGUGUCAUGACUUCAUCGUGGCUCAUUGUACAGGCAUCAGUGCUGAAAAAAUAUCCAGCGGAGUUGAUUAUAGUCUUCUUCUACUGCUUCUUUGUGGCCAUCCAGUCUGCCGCCAUAUCUUUCUUUGUGGAAGGAAAGACAAGUGCUUGGAGCUUAAAGGACAACAUGCGGUUGAUGGCGGUUCUUUACUCGGCUGUAUUUGGCUCUGCUUUCCAAGUUGGCAUAAGUACAUGGUGCCUGCGCAGAACGGGACCUGUCUUUGUAUCGAUGUUCAAGCCCGUGGGGAUUGUCAUUGCAGCUGUUGCGGGUGUUCUAUUUUUGGGAGAUAACUUUUAUCUUGGAAGUUUGGUAGGAUCAGUGGCAAUUGUUGUUGGAUUUUAUUCUGUGAUGUGGGGUAAAGCCAAAGAAGAGAAAACGGGUCUUGCUACCUCAGUGGGUAAUGUGGAACCAAACAACAAAAAGGUCCCUCUUUUGGAAACUAUUGUUGAAGAAAUGUAAAUAUUUAGCAAAAGUUUUGUUUCUGGCCAUGUAAAUUGUGAUAAAAGAAGAAAUUCCUUUGGAUGGAAAAUGAUACUUGAUCCAUACAUAAAGAUGUAAGUUGUCUACAUCAGAAGGGUAUUCGCAGCUUCUCUAUCCUGUACUGGGUUUCAAGGACAAUUGUGUGAAACACAGAAACUGCAAACAGGAAAAAAAAUGUGUUUUUUU